AUGAGCGUUGCCACGGGUGAAGAAGCCGAAGCAUAUGGGGAUGGUGAGAUAUUUUAUCAGGUCAAACAAGGUAUUUAGAAAAUUUAUCAGUGAAUUUUAGACCUACACAGCUCGUAUUAAUUAACUCGUGCGGCCAGUUUUGUGAUGGCAAUGAACCAAUUCCCAAGGGAAGCGAAAAAAUUGCUCGAGUUAACGGUGGCGGCUUUUGUCUAUAUAUGUUAAUAAUUAAUAAGGUGUAGUCGUGUCACAAUUGUAAGCCAUUACGAUGUGAAGAACUUACAAAGUUUGUACAAUACUGUCACCUAAGUUAAACAGUACCUAUCGCAGUGAUUGCGUGACGAGCUCGAGUACUUCGCAAAUAAAUUUAAACUGAAAAAAGAUUCGUGCUUUAUAUAAUAUGUGAACAGUGAAACUAAGAAUAAAUCCCAUAAGGCUGAGGCUAAAGUUUUCUGGACAGGCAAAGACUUUACGAAACGAACUAGAUAAGCUAGAUCAGUAAUGAUCGAUGCAAUUUGUUGAACAUUUUCUCUCUUUAUGGACUUGUAUCACAUUUGUACAUAUUAUAUAUGCGGGUGGUACCCGCACACCCGCAGCUUUUCGUAACUCUGUCUGAUUAUAUCACCUUUUUCCAGGUAUUCGAUCCCAGCGCGAAGCAUUCAUCAGCUCAAGAACGAAGACAGCAUUGGAUUGUGUCUUGUUUUGCUUCGAGCAAAAAACUUGCAAAUCUUUCAAUUAUGCUGAUUAUACCUCUGUCAGUGAUGGCGAGGAGAAUUGUGAAUUACACAAUGAAAUCAAGAAUGAUGGCGGAAAUCCACUGGAAUUCCUGAAAGAUGAUAGAUACACCUUCUACCAGAUACCUGGAGCAUCACACGGACCAGAAAACACACAGACAACAGAAAAUGCAACUGAACAGGUAUCUAUCUUCCUUUACCAGCAAGGAAAUUGCAAUCCCGUAAAGUCACGCUACAUUUUCUAUCCCCAACAAUGGAAAAGAACGCAUUAAACUAGCUCAGCAAGUUUCUCUCGUUUGUGGGUAGUUUUCGUGAGGAUUUGACCUAUCGGAGCCUUGAGGAAAAUAUCUAUCGUGUUUGAUAUUUUUCACCUCGCGAAAAAAAUCUCAACGUCUGCGGAUGUUGCGAGCUUAGUGCUGAGCUGUUUGAAUCAAUGAGGAGCCAUUAUAUAGUUUCGUCAUGUGAUUUUGAACAAAAUGAAGGAAAAUGCAAAUGAUUUUGUCAAUUAUGUUGUUGUUGAGUAGUUUUCCCACGCGAGGCGGUUAGCUCAGCCCUCAGCAAGUUUCUCUCGUGCGCGCCAGGCUUUAGUAUAUACCUUGUUAGUAUUUUUGCACAAGUGAACAUAACAAAUCCUAGAGGUCGGGAAUCGUUGAGUUAAGCCCUUUUUGAAAAAGGGCGUGGUCUUCGCAAAACAGGGCGUGGUCGGGGCUUAACUCGAAAAGGGCUUAACUCGAGGGGCUUAACUCGAAGGGCUUAACUCAAAGAUUCCCGACCUCCAAAUCCUACACGUUGAUUGGUUAAAUUUGACGUAUUAAGGUUACAGGACACCCUUUUUGGCGUUUUGCGGAAAAUCGCUACUGCGCGCUCAAUAUCAGUCCGAUUUUCAUCACAUUUUCACCAAAUGUUCUCCAGUGCAUGCAAAAUAUGGUAAAGUUGUAAAAUUAACAAACAAUAAAAUAAUGUAAGAAUUAUUCAGGAAAAUCUUAAAUCGAGGUACCUUUACGCUUUUGAGUUGUGCUCCUGCUGGUUUUAAGUUAUAUUUAUGAAAAUAUCAUUUUUAUACAGUAAAAUAGUUGUUCUAAAAAAAUUGUGUUCGGAAAUUUUUGUUUAUUUCGUCAUUCCGCUGAUAUGGCGAUUUCUUUGACGACUGCAAUAUAUUUCUGAAUUGUUUGAGUGAAUUGCUCUUUAUUUUUAAAAUAUCCAAAAUUAAAUAAAAGCCGAACACAAUUUUGAAAUUGACGUAUUUAGCUAUAUCCUGUGAACAUUUGAGAAAAUUUGGUUAAAACCCGCAGGAGCAUAACUCGUUUGAAAAUCAGUAAUUACCGUAAAAUUUUUCGUGAGAAAAUUGAAUUGGAAUAUUACAUUUUCAAUGUCUUUUCUUAUUGCAGCGAAAUGUAUUUUACUAAAUAACUCGAGUUUUCAACAUUUUUCGUUCAAACUUGGUCAGAUAGUAGAACUAGUCUAAUGCUUUCAUUGAAACCAAUAAAAAAAUUUUAGGCAAAAUUAACCCUCAAAGGUGUUCUUUAACCUUAAGCUAUUAUAUUCAUGCCCUACAGGUAAAUAUAACAAAAUCGAAAUUUUCAAAAUUGUGGAAGUUACUGAUAAAGAAAUAAGCGAAAUUAAAACAAAUUCAGGCCAAAAAACACAAAAGACUUGUGUAAAAAUACUAAAACAAUUAUUCGCCUCAGGCUCGGUGAUUAUCGGGAAUAUUCACCUCGACUUCGUCUCGGCGAAUAUUCCCCGAUAUAAUCACCUCGCCAUCGGCGAAUAAUUGUUAAUUAUUACGAAUUUAUUUUUAUCCGUUCUUCUUACACCUUCUAUCAGAUACCUGGAGCACCACAUGAACCAGAAAACACACAGACAAUAGAAAAUGCAACUGAACAGGUAUGCAUGCAUCUAUUUUCCUUUACCAACAAGUAUAUAAUUUCAAUCCCGUAUAGUCAGACUAUUUUCUAUCCAACAAUGGGAACUACGUCUACGAGCUAGAUUCACUAUAGUAGUUAUACCUUGUUGUUACCAAUUUGUAAUCAGAUCCCUGGAACAUCGCUUGAACCAGAAAACAUACAGACAACAGAAAAGGCAACUGAACAGGUAUACAUCUAUCAUCCUUCGCCAGCAAGUAAAUUCCAAUCCCGUAUAUAGUCAGGCUAUUCUCUAUCCAACAAUGGGAACUACGAGCUAGAUUCACUAUAGUAGUUAUACCUUGUUAUUACCAAUUUGUAAUCAGAUCCCUGGAACAUCGCCUGAACCAGAAAACAUACAGACAACAGAAAAGGCAACUGAACAGGUAUUUCAAAAUGGAAAUUUCAAAUGUAAUUUUUUUACAUUUAUUUAAACCUUACCAGGUGCAGUUGCAAAAAGAUGCAACCAUAUAGACCCAACACCGCGGAAAAACGUCUGCGCAUGCACCAAAUUAUGAAAAUAUGGCGGGGAAUUUUAAUAUCAAUUUCUAAAACAAAAACAUGCUUAUUAAUUGGUCAAAAAUUAGUAAAACAAACGAGAAAAUAUAGCAAAUGGGUAGACUAGACAUUAAUUGAAAGCGUCCUGGCAUUUAAAGUAUGGAAUGAAAUAUAAUUCAUGUAAAAAAUUGUUGAUUUUAACGGACACGACUUCGAAAAUUUUUGCAAAAUUAUUCAAAACAAAAAUUCAAACUAAAAAGUUAAGAAAACUCUCGAAAAGUUAAGCUUCUUAACCCACUCAAAUUGUAGAAUAAAUCCUAAAGUUUAAUUAUUGUGAACACGAAAAUUUUUUAUGUUUGGCGACACAGUUUUUUUUAAAGAAAUGUAUCUCAAACGAACAUUCGGAAAUUGUCGUUGCUUAGUUGAUAAACAAAAUGUUUCAGAUGAUAAAUUUGUCAACAAUCACCUUUAGUUCAUGUUCUUGUACAAUACAAUUUCUUGAACCUUCUGGCUGUAUUUAUUCCUAGUUUUUAGAAUGACAUGUUUAUUUUUGCGCUCGAAAUCUGGCUGUAAAGACGCACAAUGAAGUCACUCCUUUUUACCGCCAUUUUGAGCCUUCGGAAACGUUCGGAACAGCUUCUCGUCAAGUUCGCAAUCAUAUGUUCGCAAUACUAUUACAGGUAAGGUUGACGCAUGCGCAAACGUUUUUCCGCGGUGUUUAUAGACCCUCUGGCAGAAUCGAAUCUGCGGCCCUGCGAUUUCAGUGCAGUGCUCUGUAACCAACUGAGCUACUAUAAUUUUUAUCCCUAAUUCUUCUAUAGUCACCAGCAAAUUCGCUCAGUAUAAAGUAACCCCGUCAAUGCGGGCAGGUGUUUUUAUUGUGGCAGUUGCAUGCAUUCGCUUUCUGGCGUUAGUUGCUUAUACGAGGGUCCUGAAGGGGUAAAAUGGGAACUGGGAUUGAUCUAUUUUUAGACUGGGAAAAUGGGAUUUGGGUUGCUGGGACUGGGAUUUGGCCACUGGGAAAUGAAGUCCUCAAAAAUGGGAAUGGGAUUGAAGUAAUGUGAGUCGAUUCCCAAUUUUGAUCCGUUUUUGGUGCCUUUGGUCAUGAUUUUUGUCGUUAUAUUAUACUAUAUUAUUCACAGCACUACCUGCGAACAGGCAUACUCUGGCGCCCGGAAUUCUGGGUUUUCUGAUUAUGCGUGUCUCAGAAUGCUGCAAAUGCCAUUUCCGGGAUUCAAAUUUAGAAAUUUUCCGUGCCUUUGGCACGAGCCCCCCCCCCCAAUAUUUCAUAAAGUGUCCGCCACUUGCACACACGGUGGCUUAAAAGGUCUUAAAACUGUUUAUUCUACCGAUAAAUAAAGGGUUGUUUAUUGACUGGGAUUUCAAUAACUCGGACUGGGAUUUCUAAUAAAAAUCCAACUGGGACUGGGAUUUUGCCAAAAUUUCAGGUGGGAAAUGGGAUUGGGACCCCCCCCCCUUCAGGACCCUCUUAUACAGCAGUAUAUUCUACAUGCUCUACUUUGUUACUGCUAAUUCGUGCAAUAAUUUACUUGAAUUCAUUGUUAAUAUGAAGUGAGAGUUGUCAGUUCUCUGACACACAUACUGAACAAGUACUAUACAUGCAUGCAGUUGUUCUAAAUUUCAUUUCAGGUAAAAAAACCUUCACGAAAGAGAAGUUGUCUUGACCAUUUUAACCAUGGCAGUAAAACAUCGGGUAACUACAUCAUCCUUAAUCAGGAACAAAAACCUCGCACAGUAUAUUGUGAUAUGAAAUCUGAACCAGGAUCAGUUUGGACACUCGUCAUGUCCUUUACGAGAAAAACAGAAAUAUUGAUUCAUUCAGAUCGAAAGCAAUGUAUGAAGGUUCCCCAAAGAACGGUGAUACUCCAAAUUGGACCAACUACCGAAUGGGCUAUCCUGUAA